GCUACAUCCACCCGGCGAAAAAAGUGGACACGAGUCGUCGGUGUGCUCCCUGAGACCGGUAAUUUAUAACCAAGCCUUGCCCAGCCAUGCCAUCCGACUUAGCCAAGAAGAAGGCGGCAAAGAAGAAGGAGGCCGCGAAGGCUCGCCAGCGCACCAAGAAACCCGAGGAUGGAUCCGAGGAAGGUGAACAAGGAGAGACCGAGCUUAAUGGAGCACAAAGCAAUGGUAUCGCCAGUUUGACAAAGGAACUGGAUGAAUUUGAGCUGGCCAAGGCAGAAGCUCGGGCAGUGACCGGCGUUCUGGCCUCGCACCCCAACAGCACUGAUGUCCACGUCGCCAGCCUGUCGCUCACUUUCCACGGCCAGGAGCUGCUAGCAGACACCAGCCUCGAGCUCAACUCAGGCAGACGCUAUGGCCUCAUUGGCCUUAACGGCACAGGAAAAUCCAUGCUGUUGUCAGCCAUUGGGGCCCGUGAAAUUCCCAUUCCAGAGCAUAUAGAUAUUUACCACUUGACCCGGGAGAUGCCACCCAGCGAAAAGACGGCUCUGCACUGUGUCAUGGAGGUGGACGAGCAGAGGAUCAUGCUGGAGAAGGAAGCAGAGAGACUUGCCGCCGAGGACUCGGAGUGUGAGAAGCUGAUGGAGCUGUACGAGCGUCUGGAGGAGCUGGACGCAGACAAGGCAGAGGUGCGAGCCUCUCGGAUCCUCCACGGUUUGGGUUUCAGCGGCGAGAUGCAGCGGAAGAAAAUGAAGGACUUCAGUGGAGGCUGGAGGAUGCGCGUUGCUCUGGCCAGAGCUCUGUUCAUCAAGCCUUUCAUGUUGCUGCUGGAUGAGCCCACUAACCACUUGGAUCUGGAUGCCUGUGUGUGGUUGGAAGAGGAGCUCAAGACAUUCAAGCGAAUCCUCGUGCUCAUCUCCCACUCUCAAGACUUCCUGAACGGUGUGUGCACCAACAUCAUCAACCUGAAUCUGAGAAAGCUGAAAUACUACACGGGUAACUAUGACCAGUAUAUUAAGACCAGGGAGGAGCUGGAAGAGAACCAGAUGAAGCGCUUCAAUUGGGAGCAGGACCAGAUAACACACAUGAAGAAUUACAUUGCCAGGUUUGGUCACGGUUCUGCAAAGCUGGCGCGACAGGCGCAGAGUAAGGAGAAGACACUGCAGAAGAUGGUGGCAUCAGGCUUGACUGAAAAAGUUGUGAAUGACAAGACUCUGUCAUUUUAUUUUCCUCCCUGUGGGAAGAUUCCUCCUCCUGUUAUCAUGGUUCAGAAUGUGAGCUUCAAGUACAGCGACGACACACCGCACAUAUAUAAAAACCUGGAGUUUGGUAUCGACUUGGAUACACGAGUGGCUCUGGUGGGGCCCAAUGGAGCAGGAAAGUCCACGCUGCUGAAGCUGCUGAUGGGAGAGCUCCUACCCUGUGAUGGCAUGAUCCGCAAGCAUUCUCACGUCAAGAUAGGCAGAUAUCACCAGCAUCUGACAGAGCAGCUGGAGCUGGACCUGUCUCCGCUGGAGUACAUGAUGAAGUGUUACCCUGCUAUCAAAGAAAAGGAGGAGAUGAGGAAGAUCAUUGGUCGCUACGGCCUGACGGGAAAACAGCAGGUCAGUCCGAUCAGGAACUUGUCAGAUGGCCAGAAAUGUCGGGUGUGUUUUGCCUGGCUGGCCUGGCAGAACCCUCACAUGCUGUUCCUUGACGAGCCCACCAAUCACUUGGAUAUCGAGACUAUCGACGCGUUGGCAGAAGCCAUCAACGAGUUUGAUGGCGGCAUGAUGCUUGUUAGCCACGACUUCAGGCUCAUCCAGCAGGUGGCUCAGGAGAUCUGGAUCUGCGAGAAUCAAACCAUCACAAAGUGGAACAGGGACAUCCUGGCCUACAAGGAGCACUUGAAAUCAAGGAUUGCGAAUCAACCGCAUGACAUCUAAACAACAACAACAAAAACAACAACAAAAAAGAGCAAACGUCACACUCUCGAGCCACUCCUUUACCUUGCAUCAUGGAUUCAAACCUGCGAGCUCCCUAAUGACGAGGCGAGCGGGGGAAACGUCCUUUACUAGAACUGAAACAAUCUCUUAUGCAUCUUAUUGGACAUGUCCGUUGUACAUGUUGUACUGUAUUUCCAUCUCCAGUAUAACAGUGCUGCAUUGUGCUUAACUUGACCCCACCUUCACCUCCACCCUUCCUCCUCCUCUUCCUUUCCUCCCCCUUUCACCUCAGGCUGCACUCUGAUUGGCUGAUUUCACCUGAAGCAUCUCAGUGCAUUUUGGAUUGCAUUCCAUUGUGCUGUCUUCAUAGAAAAGUUUUAUUUUUCCAAAAUGUUAUGUUUUAUCCCAAUAAAGUAUGCAGCAGCUUUUUAGGUCAUAUUUUAUGAUAUUUAAAAGUUGAUUUCUUUUUCUUUUUUUUUUGGUGUAUUUUUCUUUUUUUGUUUCCCCCUUUCCUCCUCUUCUUCCUCCUCCUCAUCCUCCAGUGGUGUAAAAGAGCAUUUCUUGCCUUAUUUAACAUUGUAAUGCAAUAAAGGUUUGUCUGAAAUAAACAGAACAUAAAAACAGCA